CCGGCUUUGCCCCGUCCGACGCAAAAGCCGCAAAAGCGCCGCCCCGGCGGAAGCGGCGCGCGGCGGCGGCGGCGGCGGCGAUGUUGCGCCGGAUGCGAUGGAUGGCGGACGGGGACGGGCGGUGGGAGCUGGACAUGGAGGCGCCCGCGACGAUGGAGGGCACGGCGCGCCCCGUCCCCGGCGACCCGCUGCCGCUCGGCCUCUCGCGGGGGCCCCGCGUCACCCGCACGAAGCAGCUCGACUUCCUCCACCGCUUCAUGGCCUCCCCGCUCGUCCCUUCCUUCGCCGCCUCCGGCGCCGGCCUCUCCGUCCACCACGCGCACCUCUUCCACCUCGCCCACAACUGGUCUUUUACUAUCUUGGAGCAACUUCAUGUACAAAAGCUUGUGGCUGUCGUGAAAGAGAAGUUAUCAAAUCGGCAAGAGGUCUCCUGGUCCAAUGAUAUCAAAAGGCACCUGCAUGAUGUUAUGACUCUAGGUGUAGGCACAGAACUCUUGAUUACGCCAGAUACCACUUUGCUACUGGAGCUGUACAAUAUCAAGAAGGGCGAUCGGGGCAAAGCAAUAUUUCGGCACAAGCUUCCUCAUCAAAAUAUUACAUUAGAAGCAUCUUGGCCUGGAUUAUUCAUUGAUAAAAAGGGGGUGUACUGGGAUGUGCCGUUGUCAUUAUCAGCUGACCUGGCUUCAGUUGGCUCCAAGUCUGGAUUGAGUUAUCAUGUACUGUUGCAGCAGAAUAGUGGAGAACCAAAAUGGUUUGGUGGUGGUGAAGAAACCACUGAUGUUCCUGUUGCUCUGUUACCUGGAUUAUGUGCUAAGGCGGCUAUUUCAAUUAAGAAAAGCAUUGAUGUUUGGAGGAAAAAAGAAGAUAAACUAAAAAGUGUCCAGCCAUAUGAUGUAUUUCUCUCAGAUCCUCAUGUAUCAUUUACCGGGAUCAUUGGUGCAGUAGCCAGUGGUUCCUUGGGGGAUUGCUCAAAAAGAAUGUCCGUGCAAAAUGAAAUACAAAAAUCCAAUGCCUUUAGAUAUUUUGACGAGAGCAAAAAGUUUGCUGCCUUUGCAGACCUCUUUGCAUCUGUUAAUUUCACAGCUCAACAGGGGAAUUUUCAGAGGCUUUUCCUGGAUUUGACAAGGGUAAGUGCCCGGUUAGAUAUAUCCUCAGGUUCAUUGUUCUUACGUGGUGCUUCUCAGCUUGCGCAAGAUUUCUUCUUCUCUCGACGCCCUGAUUUAGAGACAUUCUGUGACGUUUGUCCUGAUGUGAUUGUGUCUCUUCAACAACAGAUAGUUGGACCCUUCAGCUUUCGGGUUGAAUCCUCAGUUGCCGUCGACCCUAAAAAACAAGACCACUUCGUUCGCGUGGACGACUCAGUUUUUGCAAUCGACUGGGCUCUGAAGGUCCUGGGUUCUGCAAAGGCCACUGCUUGGUAUUCCCCCAAGCAUCAGGAGGCAAUGGUGGAGCUCCGGUUCUUUGAGACCUGAAGAGUUUUGCUCACAAUGUCACAUAAGCAUAAUUUUGGGCUCUCUCUAUCAUAUUGAUACCAAUGAAAACUAGGUCAUAAUUAGUUGAGCUGUAGAUGAUGCAGUACGCUCCAUCAAGGGGGCAUUCUGUAAAUGUAAUCAACUUUAUCUGGGAUGUGUUGCAUUCACCUGUUGAACCGCCAUUCUUGUAGGCUGUUGUUCUCUGUUCAUUGGGUAAAACAGCUUGCUGUUUAUCAGGCAAUGAGCCUUGACGGAGGGCAGUUCCCUAGAUUGUUUCGGCUCUGUAGAAUAGUGUAGUUAUGCACACAUAACAAGUCAAUACGUGUUAAGGGCAAUAUAUUUCUACUUGUGUUUCAUAGUUUCGUUGGGCAUCAUAAGAAUACUUGCUCGUGUAAGUGAUCACCAUCUGAGCGUCGUCUGCAAUAUCAACGGCAUCCUCAUUUUUUGCCUU